GCGGGCUUGGCUAAAUGUACCAAUGCAAAAUACCAGUUUUGGCUUGCUGCUGGGCGCUCCAACGCCCAGCGACAAGGAACAGCGUGAGUUCAUUGCACAGGAGCUGCCUUCGCUGCCUUGGGAAUUCUAUGAACGUGAUUGGCACAAUGAACGACGUCUUAACGAAAGCUGCGCACCGUAUCCGCACAUUUUGCAACUUCACUUCCACAACAACUACUGGCAAGUACACCGCAGCGAUAAUUUGACACUCUAUCUCUACGGCGCCUAUUACGACAAUCGGACUUAUGUACAGAGCUGGGAAGGCGAGGUGUUGGUGCGCAUACUCACCAUGGUGAAUACGAUUGACGUGCAAUUUGCUGACUAUCCACCCAGCUAUUGCCAGCUGUGGUACGAGGAACAAAAUAUGCCGAUCAUUGUGCCAGUCAGAGAAUAUCGUGUGACUUGGUAUUCAGACUGGGGCAAUGGCCCCGACUACUACUAUCCCACAUUUGUUGAGUGCGCAAUGCCACAGGAAGUGCGACAUUUGGUGCCACAAACUGUCUCAUUAGUGCCAUCGGAGUGUGCGCGUGCCACAAAUAAUCUCCGUGUGAUCUAUGAACCGCCAGCAGUGAAUCAUACUCAGCGCGGCUUCGCUGUUUGCUCGACGGGUCUAUACAAUCCUGAUAGAGAUAAUUCGGUGCGCUUGGUUGAAUGGCUGGAGCUUUUGCGUUUACUGGGCGCCGAACACGUGAUGUUGCCCAAUUUCGGUAUACAUCCGAACGCCACGAGCGUGCUGCGUCACUACGAAAGUGAGGGUUUUGUCUCGGCGCCGGGCAUAUCGCUGGUGCGUGGUGAGCCCGCGUUGCCACACUUCACAUACGCGGCAAUAAAAAUGUGCUUAAAUAAUCAUCGACUCAACGAGAUCAUACCGUUGAACGAUUGUCUCUAUCGGAAUAUGUACAAGUACGAAUAUAUAGUGGUAUUGGAUGUCGAUGAGGUGAUUAUGCCAGUGGGCGAACAACGCAGCUGGGCCGAUUUGGUGCAAUACGCGAAAGAGCAUAUACGCUAUGACGAUUGUGAAGGCUUGACGUCACUCUGCUUCCGCAAUAUCUACUUUCCAGCUUAUCCGGAACGCAAGCCGUUUAGUGCCGAAGUGCCAUACUACAUGUAUAUGAUGCAGCAUGUGGCACGUGUUGCCGAACACUUGGAGCCUAUGAUGGCCACUAAGUGUUUUCACAAUGCCACCACUGUAACGGGACUGCACAAUCACUUUGCACUACACUGGACGGGCGGUUGUGGCAUGCAGACGGUAAACGAGACAGCGGGGCAAAUGCAACACUAUCGUGAACCGGAUGUACCAGAAACGUUGGAGAAUCCCGUUAUCGAUGAUGUUAUAUGGCGCUACAAGGAGCCGUUGGUGAAGCGCACGCAAAAGGUGCUGCGGCAAUUGGGACUACUGCGACAGGUGAAGGCGAAAGCGGUAGACAUAUACAAGGAAGCAGGAAUGCCUGAGGCGGCGAAAGGAGAGUUUGCAGAGCAUGCAAAGGAAGUAGAGGUAGAAAAGGCCGUAACGAUGAGAGGAAGCGUAGAAGAAAGUGAUGCUGAGGAGGAAGUAGAAGAGACGCAGGAAAAUAAAUUAAAAUUGUCAGGAAUAGAGACGGAUGCAAAGCUUGAAACAGAGACGGAGGCGGAGAGAGGAGUUGGAAUGGUAGGUGAGAAGGCAGAGGUGCAAUAUACGACAAAGUUGGGUGGCAAGAGCGAGCUAUGAUCGAAGGUAAUGUGACCAUCAGUGAUUUUAUUUUUGCUGCGCCAAGAAAAUAUACUUUUUUUAAUUUUCAAAUUUAACUAAAUGCAUAAAAUGUUGCGGCUGGAAAAGUAGGCACGCGAGAUAAGGUUGUCAAGUGUGAACGACCAAUUCUUCUGAGUAAUCUGAAAGCAGUACAAAAUUUAAAUAUAUUUUUUUAAUUAAAUUUAAAAGAUAAGAUGUUUUAAAAGAUUACAUUUCGCAUGAGCAUGGAACGGCGAGGACAUAUGUAUAUAUAUAUAUAUAUAUUUCCUAAUUCGGUGCCUUAUUUAUCCUGAAGGCUACUCAAAACUGAGGAAUAUCGAUUAUUUAUGGGAUUUGGAAUUUUUAUGAAAUCUUGCCGGUACAAAAAGUAUCCUAAAUUAUGGGAUUAUAUUGGCUAAGGUUCCUUUGUACCGUGAAAAUAGGAAAAUAAAUCAACGAAAAAUAUUGUUGCUUUUAUGUUGAUAAUUAUGUAUACCUGUAAAGAGUAGUUGUUGUAGUGAUUUUGCAAGA